UAUCAGUUGACAUGUUUAUUUAAAAUUGGCCUCAUACCAAAGCAUUCUAUUUUAAAUUCCGCGGGUCUUCGUCAGAAUUCUGUGCUGGCUAAUUACGUUUCUGCUGUAAUGGCCCUAGCCUAGGCUACGACAGAUCGUCUUCACAAUCUUAUCAAAUUGGUGUUGUUAUGCAUGCUGUCAUCUUGUUGCCUAAAUUAUUCUAACCUUUCCAAUAUUUGUGUCUGUUUUUAUCUUCCCUGUCUACUUCAGAUGCAGACACCCACCAAGAAAUCCAAAACCGAAGUCACAGGCUUCAUUCAUAAUGUUUCACCGAUCAAGAUGAGCCAGAAGCAAAAACCUUACUUCACGGCAACGAUCCAAGAAGAGACGACAUACAGGGACAUCGUUGUGUUCAAUAAGCAACAGCACUCUGCUUUUAAUGAUAUUGCAACUAGCAAAAGCCCAGUUGUGCUCACCAAUCCAACCCUCCGCCCUGCGUUGCACAACCCCAAAGAGCUCUCUGUGUUGGUUGGAAGCAGUACAUCAGUGGACAUCAUACCAACUCUACACUUCAUUCACCAACAACCAAGCACCAGAAUGGAAAACAAAACCAUAACCAUAGCUGAAAUAUUAGCUAAACCAAGAAAUCGUCAACAGGUUAAUAUCAAAGUCAAAAUUCAAGACAUCCGAGACAACACCACCCGUUGGCUUCAACACGAAUGCCGGGAGAUACAGAUGUCUACCUACUCCGUCGCCGACAGCACUGCCAGUAUCCUGCUAACUACGUGGAACAACAUGGACCUCAGUAUAAACAGCUGGUACACCCUCUCACCUGUCACUGUUAAGGACUAUAACAACACCAUCACUGUCAGCACAUCACCAUCCACCACAGCAGAGACCAUCAAUCGACCCCCCAGACAUGGUGUAGCUGCACCAGUAAUGGACAACUCAGAAGAAGUCACUGGACUCAUCAUUGGAGCCAUGACUACAUCAACCAUCACCUGUCCCAAAAGGCACCCUCUUCCCAACUGUCCUCCUGGUGCACCUUUCCACAUGUGCCCUACAUGUAACCAACAUUAUAUUACACCAAAGCUCCGGCACCAAUGGAAUGUUACCCUCACAUUGGCGCUAAAUGACACCACUACAAGAGAAUUGAAGAUGGAUCAUACAGUCGUCCUAAACACGGCACCGAAGCACAUCUACCUGGACACAGACCCAAUCACAGUCACUGCACAUUUCCUGUCCAUAGGCUUAGUAACUGUGCAUGUCAAAGAUGAUGCUGUUUCAACACUACACCCCUGCACAGCUUCUGCAUCUGUUCAAGAAGAUACAGACAUCGCUGAUGAGACCCUCUUGACUUUUUUGGAUGAAACGCCUUCUACCAGUGACGUGUAAAUCAACACAACACACCACAUAGUUCUGACAACUUAUUGCAUUACACUCACCAAAACAUACAUCUUCACAUACAACACUUGUCAUAAACAUACCCUUAACAUUUGAUAAUCCUAUUGUUUCACAGUUGUUAUCUUAAUAAUCUUCAUAAUUGUUAUACUUGUAAAUGUUUUUAUUUGAUUUUUGCCUUGUACAUGUUUCUAACAGCACCCCUCCAUUGCACAACCCCUACACAGUAAAUCACAUGAUGUACAUAUUUUGCCUUCUUACUAUUGUCAAACACAUUCAUUUUACUCUCGCUUUAAAUGUGUUUUCGAUUUAAAACUUGCAAUGUGUAAAAACACUUAUUCUUCAACAUACGUUCUUUUACUUAUCUUCAUUUUACUUAUCUUCGUUUUACUUAUACAUUUGUCUUUAACUUGUAUUUUUGUUCAUUUCUAGUAAAUUCUUUGCUUAUUGUAAAAAAUUACAAAAGGUUAAAAACCACCUAUUUUUAAACAUACGUUCUUAUUUUACUCAUGUUCAUUUUACACUUACAUUUGUCUUAACUUAUAUUUUGUUCAUUGCUAAUAAAGUAUUUGUUUAU